AUGUCGCGAGCACCUACCUCUACGCCCUGGCCCACCGCGUCCGGCUCUCCCUCAUCGUCGGCUGCACCGCCUCAGCCCCUCACGCCUCCCGCUCCUGCGGCCGCGCACCCGCCCUUCUCGUCCACCUGGGGCGCGUUCAACCUCGCCCAGCCGCGAUCCCAGCCCUCCAACCUCACCCUCGCUCUCGAACGCGGCUUUGGCGCGUCCCCCAUCCCCUCGACCUCGGCGUCCACCUUGCCUCCCCCGGCUCCGCCUCCGUCCUCGACCCAGCCCGGCCCAGGCGGCGCGCCGUUCGGCCGCAGGAUGUCGACGCUCGGCUCGGACGUGCCCAUGACCAUGACCUGGGACGACGACGGCGACAGCGGCCACCACCACCUGCACCACCCGCACCCGCACUCGCAUCGACGCGGCGGCACGGCAACGCCCAACGGCGACGACAUGAUGAGCAUGUCGCCCGCAGCUGGCGAUGCCGACCUGCUCCCGCCGCCGCCCUCGGCGAGCAUGUUCCGCUCGACACGCAGUCGCAGCGGGAGCGCCUCGUCGGCCAUGCUCCUCGGCGCCAACCCGCCCUCCUCGUCGUCGCAGCAGCAGCAGCAGCAGCAGCUGUUCCCCUUGACCGCCAUCCCGCCCUCGCCCGUCACGCUCGCCCGAGCGCUCCAGCACGGCGCCAAGACGCCCCCGCCGUUCCUCCAGCGCCGCCUGUUCAAGGAGGACGGCACCCACCAUCACGGCGGCGGCGGCGGCGUCGACGAGACGGCGUCGGGCAGCGGGCGCAGCAGCCGCAGCGGGAGCUCGAGCGACGUCGGCAUGUCGGGCGUCGGCGGCAAGACGCGCGCGAUGCGCAUCGCGGCCAUGACGAGCGCGCUCCCGCCGGGCGACGACGAUGACGAGAUCGACGAGUUGAGCGCCGUGCUCAGUCGCAGCGCGAGUGCCGGGCCCGAGGACCAGUUCGAGCGUGUCGUGCGGCGACCCGUCAGCAGGAAGCCCAACCUUCUCCCCAAGCCCAAGUCGCACCUGCGCAUCCUGUCUGAGCUGCGCUCCGAGUCGUCGGGCGACCAGGAGAUCGUCAGCGAGGCGACGCUCCACCGCCUGUCGCGCGCCGGCGCGUCCGCCGUUCCUCCAGGCCGCACGGGCCCGGCGCCGUUCGACGCUCGCGCCGCGCCGACCUCGUCCUCUGCGCCGGCCGCCUCGUCGACGCACCCGGCGUCGUUCGCGUCGCGCGCAGCGCAGCAGCAGCACGCGCGGCCGACGCCGAACCGGUUCCCGGAGCAGGCCGGCACCGAGGACGAGGACCUGCUGUCGCACCGCAUGGGCGGUGGCUCGUCGAGCAGCUCGAACGACGAGGCCGGCGACGAGGCGAUCGAGGUCGGGAGCGACUGGGGCGGCGCCAUGAGCGUCGGCGGGUACGGGACCGAGGACGACGAGGAGCGCAGGAGCAACGUCGUGUGGAACGGGAUCCGCAGCGGGCCGGGCGGGAACGCCGUCACGGUCGCGACGCCGUUGUCGGCCGGGUCGAUGGCGAGGAGCCCGCACGGCGACAGGCGACUGCUCGACUACGAGAACCCGUUCGCUGCGCCUCAGACGCCGAGCACGACGUUCGCCGCAUCGCGUCCCGGCAAGCGCAAGAUGGGCAACGACGACCGCUUCGAGCCGUACGCGCACCAGGCCUUCAAGCGCCGCGCCGUUUCGCCCGCCGCGUCGCUUUCGCUCUCGCCCGGGUUCGCCGCCGCCGCCGCGUCGCACGCCUCGUCCUCGGCCUCGACCUCGUCGCGCCCGACCCCGCCGCCGCCACUCCCGCUCAGCGCGCUCGGGACCCAGCCCGUCGCGAUCCCCUCGCCCUCGCCGUCGACGACGGCGGCGGCGUCGUCGCAGCACCACCACUUUUUCCACGCGGUGUCGGGCGUCGCGCAGGGCGCUGGCGCGGGAGGAGCGGGUACGCGCUCGGCGGCGAGCUCGCUCAGCAGCUCGACGGGGCGGGGUCUCUCGGCUUUUUCGAUGGGCACGGGCACGGGUGCGGGCGAGGGGCGGCACCGGUCGUUGAGUGGGCUCGAGGAGCGAGAGAGGGCGCUCGCGCACAAGCUGGACCCGGACGGGCUCGGGCGCAUGAGCCUCGAGGGAGAGGGAGGAGCGGGCGGCGAGGCGGUCGACGAGGAGGAGCUCGAGGACGCCAUACUCGCGUACCGCGGUCAUAUACCUCUUCGGCACAUGCCCAGCGCAACAGAGCCCUCCUCGCCGCCGUCGUCGUCGUCCCACACCUUUCUCCCCGCUCACGUCGCCUCGUGGCGUUGCGCUACCUGUACGCUCGAGCUCGCGCUGCAAGACGAGCUCGUGUCGCGCUCGUUCCAGGGCGCGUCCGGCCCGGCGUUCCUCUGGCGCACCGUCAUCAACGCCGACGUCGGCCCAAAGGCCAAGAAGCAGCUCAUGUCCGGCACGCACCUCAUCGCUCCGCUCUUUUGCCGUGGCUGCGCGACCGAAGUCGGCUGGAAAUACUUUGGCGCGCCCGACUCGAGCCAGAAGUACAAGGAGGACAAGUGCAUCCUCGAAAAGGCAAGAUCUACAAGGACAACAAGUGGUCGGUCAACGACGACGACCUCGACGGUGGCGGCUGACCGUGUCGAGCGGGUGCAACGCGCGAAAGCUUUCGAUUGGCGC